UAUAGAAAUUGUCACAAAUAGUCUAGACGAGAAAAUCAAAAAAAAAAAAAAUAAAGGAGGGGCGUGGUGUCUCGUUAAUCGUGGGGGGAAUUCAAUAUAAGUAUGUAUGUCCGUAUGAACGAUUAACAUUGUUACAACGGUGUAUUCUUGCAGAAGCGAAAAUGAUAGCUAUCAAAACGGAAGCUAAUAGCGACGAUGCAACGAAGAACAUGUCACCAGGUAAACUAGGGGUCAGACAUUUGCAAGUUCUUUUACUUUUCCUUGCCAUGGUCAUAGGAUAUAGUCUUAGAGUGGGAAUGUCAGUGGCUGUUGUGGCAAUGUCGAACUCUACUAUGGCAAAUCCAGAGAUCGAAGAUUAUGGAUGGACUUCGUUAGAAAGGGCAUCGAUCCUUAGCUCAUUUUUCUGGGGUUACACAAUAAUGCAGAUACCAUCGGGUUAUAUUAUCACCAUUUGGAGCACUCAAAAACUUCUCUGUUUGGGGAUGUUCAUUUGCGGUGUAUUUAGUUUAUUGACGUACCUUGCUGCUCAUUAUGGCGGCUUCAUAGCUGUAUACGUUUGCAGGGUAGGCAUGGGUCUCUGUCAAGCUUGCCUUUUACCUUCUAUACACAACCUUCUCUCCAAAUGGGUGCCGCCCUUAGAGAGGGCAAGACUUGGUACCUUCAUAUACGGAGGAGCACAGCUUGGUACAGUUAUCGCUCUUCCAUUUAGUGGUCUACUUGCAGCAUCAUCAGUAGGAUGGCCUAGCAUUUUUUAUAUUUUUGGUAGUUUAGCUAUUUGUUGGAGUAUAAUCUUUCUCUUUCUUGGUUCCGAUACACCGUUUACCCACACAACCAUUUCUUUUGAAGAAAAGAUGUAUAUUGUGAGCAGCCUUGAAAUUACUCAUACUGAUAACGAAGAGAAAUUACAAACACCAUGGAAAGAAAUUUUCACAUCGAUACCAAUAUGGGCACUGAUAUUCGCUCAAUGUGGUCAAAGUUGGGGAUAUUGGACUCUUCUUACAGAAAUGCCAACUUAUUUAAAUUCCGUUUUGGGUUUUGAUAUCGGAAAGAAUGGAGGUAUUUCAGCAUUGCCUUAUCUGGCGAUGUGGAUAUUAAGCUUCCCUGUAAGCUGGCUUUCGGAUUAUGCUCUUAAAAAGAAUGUCUCUAGAUCGAUAACGAGAAAGUUAGCAAACACUAUUGCUUAUUGGGGCCCCGCCGUAGCUCUGAUUGUUUUGGGUUUUGUUCCGAUCGAUAAUCCACUCUGGACUGUUGUAAUUCUUAUUGUAGCAGUUGGGCUCAACGCCGGAUCACUUUGUGGAUAUCAAUUAAAUCAUAUCGAUCUUAGUCCGAAUCAUGCCGGUAUUCUGAUGUCUAUCACUAAUUGUUUGGCCUCUGUCAUCGCGAUAAUUGCACCAUCGAUUUGUGGAAAAAUCGUUAGCGACCUGAGCAGUGCAUAUCUAUGGUCAAUAGUAUUUUAUAUUUCGGCUGCCAUUUAUUUCGCAACUAAUUUGAUAUUUCUCAUCUGGGGUAAAGCCGAAAUACAAUGGUGGAAUGAUCUUAAAAGUGAUAAAAAGAACAAUGUACUACUCAGGCCAGUUUAAUAAACAGUAUUGAUUCCGACAAAAAUAAUUGUUGCUAUUAUAUUUUGUUAUACAUCUAACAUUCAUAAGUAUUCAACAAUGAUUGUAUUAAUGCGCAUUAUUCAUUCCCAUAAUUUUUCUUUACAUAUUAAUUUUUUGUGUUUAUUUGUUUUAUUUUUAUUAUGUUAUACCGUCUAUCA